UCCAUUUUACAGGUUUCACUGUAUAUACUUUCCUUUUCAAUAGUCCAGAUGUCUCAAAAACUAGCUUGUUAUGUAUCUUCUUGUAAUAAAUAAAAUCAAUGCUUCUUCAAUAUUGUAUUAAUAUAAAAUAAUUAUGUAAAAAAUUGCAGUCAUUCAAUUUCACAAAAGAUACAACUCCCUUAUAUUUCAAAAAUGUCUUAACAUCAAAUUCUUUAUUUUAGGCACAUAUGCUCGAGCUAUCAACCUUGGAAACAAGUAAUUUUGUUGAAUAAACAAAUUGAAGAAUGCUGCAUGAUCCUGUUUACGGCAUAGGUCUACUGGAAAGUCAAAACAAAGUGGAUGAGAGCCUCUCAGAAGAGGAGGACACAGCUUCCAAUGAAGACGUGAGUGGGUCUGGAGAGGAGGGAAGUGGAGAGGAGAGCAGUGGAGUUGAUGGAAGUGGAUCAGGUGGCGCUGAAACUGAACUUGUUGGUGGUGAAAUAAUCGGAAGUGGUUCAACAGAACCAAUGACAGUUGAUGUUGUAAAUGCUGAAUACAAAACCGAUGCUCAGUUGCCAAAUGCUCCUAAGGAUGAAGGAUUCAUGGACUAUGAAGAAAAGAGAAAAAUAGACAGACCAACUCAGACAGAUGAUAAUGAACAGACAAAUAGUGAAUCAAACGAGGGACAUAUAUUCGCUGCAAAUGAUGAUGAACAUGUUCAAAAUGACGUUGAAGUUGUGGUCACAGCAGUCGAUAGUGCCACACAUGAAAAAGAUCCCAAUGUUGAUAAAGAUUAUAGUGAGUUGGACACCGACACUGAGCAGAAUAAAAUUGAGACUACAGUUGAAAGUGAGGAGUUUGAUCAAAUGUUUGGUAAUGUGGAUGAGGAAUAUGAACAGACUCAAAGUGAGGAAGAGUCUGAAAGUGAAAAUGAGCCUCAAACUGAGGAAGAGCCUGAAAUCGAAAAAGAGCCUGAAAGUGAGGAGGCGCCUCAAAAUAGGUUGAAGCGAACUGAGGCAGAACACAGAAAUGAUGAGGGACAUGUGUCUGUUGUAGCAGUGGCCAGUAAAGAAAGCCAGCAAAAUAAAGGAAGAUGGCUUUUCGGUUUCAUCCCCUUUAAAUGGUUAAUACCUUAGAAAUUCCUAAUAUCUUAACGUUGGGUUAUUUUUAGGAUUAGGCUAGGUUAACUUAAAGUCUACUCUUAAUUUUAGUAUAUACAGCAGGUUAAUAUUCAGUCCACUUUUGGUUCAUGUUAAAAUUGCAUUUAAAAUUGCAAUUAUGCUGAACCUACAGGUCCACUAUAGGCUCACUUUUAGUCUACUCCAGACUAGACUUAUGGGUUAACUUCAAGUCUAGACCUACAUUUUAAAUUUCAGUCUAAGUUUAGCAAAGAAACCAAUUGUUUCUAAAGAAUUGUACAGACUAUGGUUUACCUGUAAAUGUACUUGCUCUUAUGCCUGUGUAGUUUAAUGACUUUAGCAUGCAAUUUAUUUUAGCAUUUAUGUUAUUGUUAAUAUUUUUUCGAAAAUUGUAUUUUUUCUCACGCAUAUAUUUUC